AUGGAGCUCAUGGGGAUCGGCUUGGACAAGCUAUGCCACAGCAAGUCGCCGUUCACGGCGUUGCGCCAGGGAACCAACUUCCGUAAGGAGGUGCUCACCUUUGAUGUGGUGGGGCUCCGGGGAGCAUACCACACCAUUCUGGGGCGGCCAUGCUACGCCAAGUUUAUGGCGAUCCCCAACUACACCAACCUCAAGUUGAAGAUGCUGGGCCCGAAGGGGGUCAUCACCGUCAGCUCCUCGUUCGAGCACGCCUAUGAGUGCGACGUUGAGUGCGUCGAGCACGCCGAGGCCCUGGCGGUGGACGAGGCCCUCGCCGUGGACUUGGAGAGGAUGGCACGAGGCCAUGGACUCCUCGCAGCGACAUGA